GCAGGGGCUACAUCGGGGAAGCAAAGCCUCCCGCUGCGCGGCAGACCGAGCGAGGCCCCGGGUAGGAGGAUGCUACCGCGGAUCCACAACCCGCCGGAAGUGGCAUGGCGAAAGCCUCGGUCUCCCGGCCCACCGCCCACCCGGAAGCGGAAACAAACCUAGUGUGCCCCUUCCUCACUGCCCUCCAAAUCCUGCUGCAGCCAUUGCCGCAGCCACGAUGCCUAAACGAAAGAAGCAGAAUCAGCAGCAGCAGCCGCCGCAGCGUCCCGCACUGUCCGACCGGGACGAGCCCGGAGACGAAGAGGACGAGAGUCGCCUUGGUGAAAGUGCAGCCUUCUGUGAACUACUCCCCCGAGGGAAGGAGAGGAGAAAAAAACUAUGAUGGGCCAACAGUUAAGGACCACCCAGCCUUCUGGGCCCUCCCCCCAUGGCUAAUGGAAAGCCUGGUGACCCCAAGUCAGCUCUUCACAGGGGUCCUCCAGGAUCAAGGGGACCAAUGAUUCCACCACUGCUGAGUCUCCCACCUCUUCCACGGGGUAGAGGCCCUAUUCGAGGAGGCCUUGGUCCUAGAGCUAGCCCAUAUGGUCGUGGUUGGUGGGGUGUCAAUACUGAGCCUCCUUUUCCUGGGCCAGGCUAUGGGGGUCCCUCUAGGGAAAGCUUUUACAAAGAGCCAAGAAAUCCACGAAGGCUCAAAAGCUGGUCUCUUGUCAAGAACACCUGCCCACCUCCGGACAUUCCCCCGGUGAUGGAAGACAAAUCUGACCGCCCUGUCUGCCGACACUUUUCUAAAAAGGGCCACUGUCGAUAUGAAGACCAUUGUGCCUUCUACCAUCCAGGCGUCAAUGGACCUCCUCUGUGAGACUGUGCCUUCCCACACAGGCUGACCUUGUGGCCCCAUCAUAGCUACUUGAAGGUUCUUCUAUCACCUUCAGUCAGCGACAUGUCCACCCCAUUCAUCACCUCCCCCGUUUGGGGUCCAGAGUUGUAGUUGUCACUGGUGUGCGGUGUGCACUGUCUUCUGAUCCAGGCUCCAGACCUUUGGGACCCCGUCUUGCUCCCUUCCACUGCCUCCUGGAUCUUCCCCCUCUGCCAAGUGACUGCUGAACAGGAAACCUUUGGUGCUGUUUCUUGUGCAUCUGUUGGCCUGUCCCCCAGUAUUGCCCUCGGUUCCCAAGGACCCUGGAGCAGCCUGCAGUCCUUUGACGGGAAGCCCCAGUGUUUGCAGCUGCCCAGGAAGCGCACCAGGUUGUCUGGUCUUGGGGUCAGGUUUGAGUGACUGGUCCAGGCUUGCUCCCCGAACAGCCUACCCCUGCUUUUGGACGUCCUAGCUUCUUGUCGGUAGCAUGAGUCCCACCGCUAAGGCCUGUGGUCACUGUGCUUUGUGAAACUGUGCAUCCCCUGUCGCCUUCCUCAGUGUCUGUGGCAUUUUUGUGACUUCCCCACACUAGAUAAGUUUUUCUGCCAAAUCAAGCGAGGCUCUUGGUGCCCUCCAGAUUUCACCUACCUCCCAGCAUGGGAGAACGUGAGACUUCCUGUCGUGCCCUCUCCCCUGGUGUCAGUUAUUCUGGGUCUGACACAGCCAGUGAUGUCCUCCAAAGCCUCAGGCGGGUCUCCCCACCCAGCUCCUGCCUGUCUUGUUUUAGUUGGGCCCUAUCAUUGUGGGACCACCAGCCCUUUCAUUUGAACUCUGUGACUCUCCCCCUGGACAGUGAGUACUGUCCCCUCUGACCGUCCUCUCUGACGUCCCUGACACUGGUUGUUUUCUGUGAAAACGGCAGUGAACAUGUUGGGUUUUGAGCUGGCCCUGAGGAAGUGGGUCAGGAGGUGUGGGCAGGAGGGCGAGAGUUGUUGGAGAACUAAGAGUGACUUUUUUUUCUUUUUAAUGUUUUUUUAUAUUAGUAAUAAACACAGUGGAAACCGG